ACGUAACAACGAUUGCGGAUGCGGUAAGUAUUGAGCUAUAUAAAAGCGAUUAAACAUAAUCAUUUGUAGUACGUUCACAACUAGUUUUCAAACAUGAAAUUGGCGAUUGUCUGUCUAUUGUGUUUGGCUGUUAUUAUUGAAGGGCAAUCGGCGGGUAGAAGCAUAUGUCGUCACGGCACGGCGGGCACCUGUUUUGGCUUCACCAAUCAGCAGUGUCCUCCUAACAGCGUGUGUCGCCGUGUAUCAGGAACGUACGGUGUUUGCUGCAGAUUGUCUAAUCCAGGAGGAGGCUGUCGAUGUGCGAAUGGUCAGCGCGGGAGAUGUGGUGGCUUCCAGGGUCUUAGAUGUCCACGAGGAACAACAUGUAGUUGCACAGGUCCGAUUGCACACGAUGGAUUCGGGAAAUGCUGCAUUAACGGACCGAGGAACCGUUACUAGAGAAUUUGCCAGAAAGAAGCUUUGCGCAAUAUUUUGUUAUUAUUUCUUUUGUUUUUGAUAUUUUAAUAAAUAACCAAAAUCUCCGA